GAGUUUUCUCAGUGAAAAUUCUACUGUCCUAAUGUAUUUUUAUUACACUUGGAAAUAUGGCAGACGUUUAAGAAUGCUGUGAAUCUUCAUUACACAUAUCCUUACAAACGAAGUAGAAAGUGAAAUAUUUUUGUUGGAACAUUUUAUGUGAAAUAAUCCAUGCUUGGAUAAUUUGACCCUGUUUCUAAUGGAUGCCAACGAAAGGACACGAUUACACCAAAUCAGCGACCAAGAAAAUUCCUGUACCAUAACCACAACUUUGGAAAAACGUCUACUUGUCAUUCUUAUCAUUUGUAUAGCAGUUGCUCUUGGUUUGAUUAUAGCGUUGGCUGCAAAUGCUAAAGGCUUAUACUUCUGUUGGCAGAAACUUCAUUUUGAAAGUGGAUGGAAGAAAUCCUUAGCAAACGAGAAUUCCAAUGUAUGCUUCUCUACGGAAUGCAUCUCUACGGCUGCUCGUCUAUUACAUUCCAUGGAUUUAAAUGAAGAUCCAUGUGAGGACUUCUACUCCUUUGUGUGCGGAAAUUGGAUAAAAAACACAUUUUUAGUCGGAGAUAUUUCUACCCAGUUUACGCAGCUGAAUUCUAUUAUCUAUUUACGGAUAAAAGAGGUGUUGGAGACAUCGCAUGGAGGACUCGCCGAACAUGAAAACAAAACACAAAAGUUUUAUAAAAGUUGUAUGAAUUUUGGCAGCAGAGAUGAAACAGGAUCAAAGGUUCUAAAAAAAGACCUGGAAAAAUUUGGAAGCUGGCCUUUAAUCGAAAAAAGUUGGAAAAGUGAGGACUUUAACUGGACCGACUUAUUGGUCGAUUUCUAUGAAAAUGGUUACCCAGUAGAUAUGCUGUUUUCCAUCGGUAUUGACAUGGAUAUCAAAAGAACUUCUACUUCGUUAAUUUCUGUUAACCAGCCAACACUAGGUUUCAGUGAUAAGACGAAUUACGUCCUUGACAAGCCUUUAAAGCGUUACAAAGAGCUUAUUUAUGAAAUAGCAUUGCAUUUAAGCCCGGGCCUUGAUAGAGCAACAGCCAUGAAAGAUAUUACAAAUGCUAUGGAAAUAGAAAUAAAGUUGGCCAAAGCGGCUAUUGCAAGGAUACAUAGUAAGAAACCCGAAGUGUACUAUAAUAUAAUGACGCUGAAGGAGCUUGAAGAAUUUGCUCCAAAGAUUGCAUGGCGAUAUCUGUUGCCAAAGUUUUUACCUCCUAAAACGAAGCUCCAAGAUGAUCAAAGAUUUAUGGUCACAGUUCCCGUGGCUUUGAAGACUUUAAACGAUAUUCUUAAAAACGAUACUUCCAAAGGAAAAAAUCUUGCCAAUUAUAUGUUUUACCGUGCCGCUGUGUUUGCUGCAGAACAUCUUGAACGAGAUUUGUUCUACUUGGUCGAGGAUAAGCUGCAUAGAUCAAGCCGCCGUGAUUUGUGGCAAGUGUGUGUUGGAGCUACCAUGGACUUUUUCCACAUGUCUCUGACUGCCACAUACGCAGAGAGUUACUUGGAUGAAAAGUCAAAGUAUAAUCUAGAAAUGAUGUUUCAAGGUAUACAAGUAUCUUUAUUGGACGAAAUCAAAGAAGCUAAAUGGUUGGAUGAAGAAACAAGACAAAAGGCUUUAGUUAAGGUUAAAAAAGUUCGCUCCACCAUAGCAUAUAGAGAAGAAAUCAAAGAUGAAGAAAAAUUGAAUGAUUACUACAGUGCGAUCGAGAUAGGUGACGACCACUUCAGUAACGUGAAAGCAGCUCUUGCUUUCAAAACGAAAGAGGGGAUGAAAGGACUGGAAGGCAGGCGUUUCAGGUUGAAAUGGUCAGACGUGACUAGUGUUCUCACGGCCAAUGCAUUUUACCUACCUAACAGAAACUCUAUCAUUUUACCAAUAGGCUUACUUCAAGAUACAUUUUUCUCAUCGGGAAGACCAAACUACAUCAAUUAUGGAAGUCUUGGAACAAUACUUGGACACGAAUACACUCAUGCUUUUGACAAUGCUGGCAGCUUGUAUGAUGAAGAUGGGAAUUACAGAAAGUGGUGGACAAGUCAAAGUUGGGAAAACUUUCACAAAAAAACAAAAUGUUUUGAGAAACAGUACAACGAAUAUUACGAACCCAAAGUUGAUUCUCUCGUUAAUGGGACAAUUACUUUAGGUGAAAACAUUGCUGACAAUGGAGGACUUCUAUCAUCCUUUGCUGCAUACCAAAAAUUGCUUAAACAAAUUGGAAAAGAAGAGAAGUUACCAGGAUUGCCUUUCACAGAAAGACAAAUGUUUUGGAUAGCUUUUGCUUCAGUUUGGUGUCGAAAGCAAACAGAUCACAGCCUUGAAUAUACAAUAGAAAAUAGUGUUCAUGCCCCUGCUAAAUUCAGGGUAAAUGGAGCUUUAUCAAACGUGGAGGAAUUCUCAAAAGAUUUCAAAUGUGAAACUGGUUCAACAUUAAAUCCAAAAUCAAAAUGUUCAUUAUGGACAUGAUGUAUAAAUUGUUAAAUAAAUAUUUAUUUAUCUACUAUUA